CGAAAGGUAAAUGUUUAACGUUGUUUAGGCUAACAGUUAACGUAACGUUAGCUCUUAUAAUCUAGCUAGCUAACGUUAGUUAUCUAACGUUACGUUGAAACACGGGUUUCUAAAUAACUUGGGCUAAAUAGUGUUGCUCUCAUAAUUUGCUUUAGUUUGUUGGUAAGUGCGGUGUCCUAUGAUAUUUGUGAUGGAUCAACAAUUUGAGGUGAGUGAAGGUGCGAAUAUGUGUGGAGCGCCAAUUGAUUUAUCUUUUAAACACAUCAGCAGUUUGGCAGACGCAUGGACAGAGGAACACAACAGCGGUCUGCGGCCUUUAAAGAGAAAUUCGGAGAAGAAGUACCUAAGCUGCUCUCUGCGUCUCAACAACAACAACAUCAGUGAACUUCAUGACCUCCAAAAGACCGUAAGCCAUUUCCUGGUUGAGCCAUCACAGCUUGCCUGGCUGGACCUUUCCUUCAACAAAAUCUCACACAUAGAUCAAGUUUUGUGCGAGCUGCGAGACCUGCGUGUGUUGUAUCUACACGGCAACAGCAUUUAUAUUCUGUCAGAGGUGGACAGGCUAGGAGUGCUACCCCAUCUACACACCAUCACUCUGCAUGGAAAUGUCAUAGAAACCAACAAGGCUUACAGGAAUCGUGUGAUUUCUGCUUUGCCUCGGUUAAAGACGAUGGACUUCAGUGCUGUGACGCGCCAGGAGCGAGUAAUGGCAAAGAUUUGGCAUCACAGCAACAACCGCAGCAGAAGCAGCCGGGAGAACCACCAGUAACUGCUUUCUCGUGUGUUGAAAUCACAGUUUCACCCAAAUGUCCUGAUCUCUCCAUCCACAACUGAAAAAACUCUAAAAUAUUGUAGGUUUCUCUGUAUAUUCAUGGUGAAAUCAGCACUGUUUUAAUUCUUGUUUUGUCUAUUUUUAUCUGCUAAAAGGAACAGUUUAUUAUUGGAUAGUCUAAAGAGAAGUCAAGGCUUUACUUGAUACACAGUGACAGGGAGGUAAAUGUCACUGAACAAUCCUGAGAAAUUGGCUCUGACAUUGUGUUGAUUCAUGUACAUUUUCUGAUAGUGUUGCAAACAUGGGUGUGGUUUGUGAAAUGUUUGAAUAUAAUUAUGGAUUAUUCUUCUAUUACAGUGGCAUACCAGUCAUUGACUUUGUAAGAUUACUGAACUAACCAUUUCCCAGAUAUGAGCAUGUAGAUGUUAAGACACAAGUGAUUAUGUUGAAAAUCUUUAAUGAAUUAAACCAAAAACACAAACCAACAAAAAAUCUUUAAACUUUUUGGUACUAGCCUAAGAUAUUUCAAACAUAUUUUAGGUAGUAUAACACAUUUGAGUAACAAACAAAACAGAAACCCAUUGCAAAAAGCUCAAAUCACUUGCGUGGUUUAAAUAAUCACAGCCUUGCAGCUCUUCCCUUUAGAGACUCCAGAGCAGCUCAUGUGCUCCCUGCACGCACAUACAGUCGUGCUCUCUUCCGAAGAGCAAAUAAACAUUUAAAAAGACAAAUAAAUAAUCACAAAAAAGGUCUCGGAUAAUUUUAUCUGCUGUGGUACAUAGAUUGUUAGCGCGCUCCCACACUGCUGCAAUGUUAGUUUCUGAUUAAUAUGAAUAACUCAAUCAUAAUACAAUCUGCAGCAAAAAGCUUGGUUUAAAAGCUAACUAAUGCAGGCCUUAAAAGUGUUCUUGUGUUUCAUAAAAACAUUUUAUCGCCACAAGAUCUUAGCCAAUCCUGAACAAUGAACUCUAAAAAAAGAGGUACUUCAUACAAUCCAUCUUUUUUUAUAUUCAAUCAGAAAAUUAUGUACAAAGGCGGCAUGAAUACAUGAUUUCUGGCCCUGCACCCUCCACAAACCUACCCCUUCAUCUCUGUAUGCCUCUGCUAUUAAAUAUGUAAAGACCUGGGAUUUGA